AUGGAAGAAGACGGUUUCGUUCUCAUAUUUAGGAGCGAAUGCCCUGAAAAUGUCCCUCAAGACGUUUCUGAGGAGUAUUUGUCAGAAAUUGACAAGUCCAUUGAGAGUCUCUGGGCGUCACUGUGGUCUCUAAACAAGUUCAUACACGAAAACCCCGAACUUGCCUUCGAAGAGCACAAGGCACACGAACUUCUAACGAAUUUCAUGCGGUCGCAAAAAGACUGGAAAGUCACAACAUCGGCCUAUGCAAUGGAGACGGCAUGGGUUGCGGUCUACGAUAGUGGAAAAGAGGGACCUGCUGUCUCUUUCAACGUUGAGAUGGAUGCGCUCCCUGAUCUAGGCCACGCGUGUGGUCACAAUCUUAUCGCCACAGCCUCGCUCGCCGCAGGUCUUGCAACAGCUGAGAUGAUCAGAAGACAUGAACUGCCUGGCAAAGUCCUCCUCUUUGGCACGCCUGGAGAAGAGGGAGGAGGAGGAGGCAAAAUCCGGCUCCUCGAGGCAGGCGCCUACGAGGGCGUCGACAUCUCCCUCAUCUCGCACCCGGGCAUCUCGCACAACAGCCCUCUUGUCCGGACCACCGCUUUCGCCCGGCUCGAGAUUGAGUACUUUGGACGUGCAGCGCACGCAGCAAACAGCCCUUGGCUCGGUAUCAACGCACUCGAUGCCCUUGUGAUCGCGUACAACGCGGUGGCUGUCCUGCGCCAGCAGACGAUGCCCAGCGAUGUGAUCGGCAUGCGCAUCACUAACGGAGGAGCAGCGCCGAACAUCAUCCACGCGUACGCUGCCGGAGUCUGUGUUAUCCGCGCAAUCAGUGCUUCUCGACUCAAAGAGCUCCAGCAAAAGGUCAGCGCCUGCUUUCGCGCCGGGGCCGAGGCCACAGGUGCUAGGGCGGAGGUCAAAAUCAUUCAGGGGUACGCCGACCAUGUGCCGAAUCACAUCCUCGCAGCGUCGUACACCAAGUACUGGAAUUUGUUACCCGACUUACCGGACCCGUUAAUACCGUGUGGAGACCAGUUUACUUGGGUCAACGCGAGCACGGAUCAGGGAAACAUCAGCUAUGCCAUGCCGAGCGUGAACGCGAGCUUCGCCAUCCCCCCAGGCCUCCAUGCAGGACAGCCGCACAGUCCCGACUUUGAGGAGGCAUCGGGUACUCAGGGGGCCUUCAUGAGAGCAUUGAGGGUGGGAAAGGCCCUGGCGGGGACGGCGGUAGACGUGCUUAGGUCGCCUGGGCUGAUUGACAAGAUUAAAGACCAAUGGAAGCGAGACAUGGAUGCUAUUAAAAAGCAAACGAUUAGUACCGUCGAAAGCAAAGGUAUUGACGAUGAUGACAUCGAUUGA